CACUGCCGGAACUAAAGAGAAGCAAGAUACGUACAGAGACGCUUUGAAUCGCUCACCACCCCGCGACAAUGGCAUCCAGAAAUGCGCUCCGUCGCGCACUGCUCUACAUCCCGGGCUCAUCGCAGCGCUUCAUCGACAAAUCACGCACAUUAACAGCCGACUGCGUAGCCUACGAUCUGGAAGACAGCGUGACUCCGCACAAGAAAGCGGAAGCUCGUUCCCUGGUGCGGAGAGCUCUCGACCAGCCCGCACCCUCAGGCAUCCGCGAACGAGCAGUCCGCAUCAACUCCGUAGACAGCGGUCUAGCCCUAGCAGACUUAACAGAAGUACUCCAAUCCCCCAAUCUAAGCACAAUCGUCAUCCCGAAAGUAAACUCAGCUUCCGACCUAACAUUCGUCAACGACGUCAUCACCCACACUCUUUCCCAACAGCCUCAGUCUCAAGAUGCUUCCUCUCGACCCCCUAUUUCUCUCCUGGCUCUUGUUGAGUCGGCCAAAUCCCUGACCAACCUGACCCAGAUCUGCGCCUCCACGCCACUCCUUCAGGGCCUGAUUUUCGCCGCUGAGGAUUUCGCCCUCGACCUCAGUCUUACGCGGACCCCCGAUUUGACUGAAUUUCUUUUCGCCAGGUCUAUGAUUGCCACUGCUGCGAGGGCGGCCAAUUUGCCUUCUACGAUUGACCUUGUCUGUACGACUUAUAAAUCAACUAAGGGCGAUGGGUCCCCCCCGGCUGUUUUAGAAGAAGAAUGUCGUGGUGGCAGGCAGUUGGGAUUCAAUGGGAAGCAGUGUAUCCAUCCUUCUCAGGUGCCGACUGUACAGCAGAUCUUUGGCCCAGAUUCGGAUGAGGUUCAGUGGGCUGUGCGGGUGACUAUUGCAGAUGACAAGGCCGCGGCUGCGGGUCGGGGCGCUUGGACGUUGGAUGGAAAGAUGAUUGAUGUCCCAGUCGCUGAAAAGGCGAGAGCAAUCGUGAAGAAGGCCGAGGCCUGCGGUUUCAAUGUUGAAGAAUUGCGCGAGAAGUGGCGCGACCAGGAGCCCGAGUAAAUAUUACUCUUCGUUCUAACUUAAUACAAUGGUCUUUUUCUGCAAA